AUGGCUCCACCAUUGCUUCCCCGGCCACUGAGGCAUGAGUCUUUGUCUCCUCGCUCUUUUUCUAGGUUUCAAUGGGGGUGUCAAGCAUCUGGUUGCUGUAAGCCAUCAAAUGACUGCAAUUUCACCUACGUUACCCCAACUAACUGGACUAAGACAGCCGCAACAUCCACUAAUCAAGACUGCAAUGCAUGGGACAAUGACCCGGACGUACUGUGCUACAACUGCCAGUCAUGUAAGGCUGGGCUCCUGGACAACAUCAAGCGCGACUGGAAGAAGGUGGCUGUUUUGAACAUCAUAUUCCUUGUCUUCCUCAUUGUGGUUUACUCCAUCGGGUGCUGUGCAUUCAGGAACAACAGGGAGGACAAUGGGUGGAAACGAUAUCCUUGAGAGUGAGGUUUUAGAGCUUCUAUUGGUUUCUUCCUUGCAUAGCACAUUUUUCUCGACUUAUUCAGACCAUAUCAGGCUAUUAUUUGAUAUAUGCAUGGAGCUCGAGGUCUAUUAAUUCGCUGUUAUGUACAUUGUUUAAUCGAUAAAAAGUAGGGUGUACUUGAUCAUCCCUCUUUAUGUUGCUGCAGAUUUUUGAACAACUUGGUUGAAUGCAUCCGUGUGUGUGUGUGUGUGUGCUGUGUAAUGGGAACUAGGAUUUUGUUAGGAAGGUCUAACAAAGAGAAUUGAGGGAACAUAUUAUGGAGUGGGUGAUCUAGUAUUUAGUAAAU